GAUUUAAUUGAUAAAUUCUGUUUCUUGUGCCUACAGAGUAGGUAUGGAUUGUUGGCUGUUCUUGUUAUAGUUGGUACAACCCCUUUGUAAUUAUAUAUUCACACCCUGACACUCAUCACAGUUUUCAGCUUAUUUGUAAAUAUAUUAGAUUUGGUGUAUACUAACAGACAAACACCACAAUGCUGCAGUCCUGUAUGAGACACUGUGGGUCGCUGCUGCGUGUUGCGGUAGCAGCUCCCCAAGCCUCCUCGCUUCGCUAUUGUUCCCUAGAGACUGGUGCUGCCCCAACAUCCCCUACUACAGAGAGAUUUGAAAAAAGUGUGAAUCAAGUGACGCUGUUGGGGCGGGCGGGCAACGACGCAGAGAUGCGCGGCACGGAAGCGUACCCUGUAGUCCAAUUCUCGAUGGCCACGCACAUCAACUAUCAGAAGGGAGAAGAGAUGCUGCAAAACACUGUGUGGCACCGAAUCUCGGUCUUCAGACCUGGCCUGCGCGAGUCCGUUUAUCAAAACCUUAAGAAGGGGCAGCGAGUGCUGGUGCAAGGCAGACUCGGCUAUUACGAGAAGAGAAAUCCGGAAGACGAUACAAUUAUACAUAGAACUGCUAGUAUUGUUGCUAAUGAUGUCGUCUUAUUCGCAUAACUCUAUCAAAUUUUCAGAUAACCUGCAGUGUUUCGAACCAAAGGGAAAAAUUUCAUACUAUUGAAUUUUUCUAGCAAAUGUAGUAAAGGGUGUAAAUAAGCGUUUGAUGGAGUAUGUUUAAAAAUUCUUUAACCCGUAAAAACGUUGAUCUCACGUAUGAUAUUCUUGAAGAAUUUUCAUUGUCGAAUAGUAACAAUUCAAAAAUAAUAACAAAUGGCAGGUAAGACGUUUCGCUAGUUUAAAUUGUACCAUUUAAAUAUCUUGUAUGCUGAAUGAAUGAAACGGGCGACUGCUCGAAGUUAACAGAAUGAUCUUGAUGUGUAGACCGAUUUAACAAACCGGUUUGCCAAGAAUAUAUCUUGUUAUCCUUGUUCAAAUAAAACCACGUUUCAGAAA